AUGAUAGAUGUCGUUAACGUCGGGUUCUCGAAUUCUCUUAAAUAUGUUAAGGAAUUAAGCAGGGAGUCUUCAGACCCGGAUAUAAUUCCAGCCCUACAAGAAUGUAUAUGGGUUUAUAAGACUGUGGUAGAAACAAGUGUAAAUUUAGCUGAAAGAGCAGUUAAGCAAGGGGUCCUAAAGUUUGGAGAAAAAGCCAUGAAGGAUGCUAGUAUUGAAGCCGAGAUUUGUAUGAUGGGUUUCCCGGAUGGUAAAGUUCCAGAGCGGAUUAUGGGUUGGACACCAAUGCUACAAGGAGUUUCUAUUGUGACGGCUUCUUUGAUCAAGAUGUUGGAGUAG